AUGGCACGAGAAAUGCCCCUGGGUAUUGCCUUAUUGCUGCUCACUGUGCUCCUCUUCAAGUUGUGGGCCGAGGAUUUGGCAGAUCUUUUCACCCAGAGUGAAGUGAAAUCCGGUCUGUUUAAAAUGCUUGAUCCCGUAUCUACAAUUUUCCAACUUGAAAGAAAUGGCAACAUCUUCGAAAAUCUGAUGGUCAGCCACUCUGGAGCUAUCUAUGGAACCCGCUUCGAUGCGCCCGAAAUUUGGUCUGUCGAUCCGGAGAAACAAACCGGAUACCGACUUACCAUUAUACCUGGAGUACGAGCAGUGAUGGGAAUUGCGGAGCUGCGCCCUAACUUACUUGUUGUCGCAGCGGGAAAUUUCACUCCUGGCUCGUAUCAAAUUUGGAAAAUACGACUCUUACCUAACACGCCCGCCAUCAAACAAGUGGCGUCCAUCCCCGAGGCAAACUGGCUCAAUGGUUUGGUGGCCUGGGAUAGCGACAAUGUCUUAGUCGCCGACUCUAUCGUUGGUGCAGUCUUCAAGAUCAACAUUUCAAUAGGCAAUUAUUCUGUGGCUGGCAGCGACGUCGAUACCAUGACGGAUGGUACCUCAGAUGGUAGCGUACCGCCCGGACUCGGGAUCAACGGGAUCCGCGUCCAUGACAAAUACAUGUAUUUUACCAACGCAGCGCAGAGCAUCUUCUGCCGCGUCAAAAUCAACGAUGACGCAUACUUGUUUGGACAUGUGGAAAUCAUUGCGUCCGGCUUCUCACAGGAUGAUUUCGCUAUAGACGACGAUGGUUCUGCUUACAUAGCGGCAGGUGACCAAAACUCGGUGGUGCGCGUUACCCCGACUGGCAAUGUCAGUACAUUGGCUGGAAGUCUUGGAGCCAUGGACCUCGCAGGUAGUACUUCCUGUGCAUUUCGAAGAGACGCUACCGAUAGACGGAGGCAUGAGGAUAGGGCGGGCAAGGUGCUCUAUGUUUCCACUUCUGGUGGGGUCUGGGAGCCUGUGAAUGGCACGGCGAUUGAACCUGGUAAGAUCGCCAUGGUUCACUUCGUCCGAGAGCUUAAAUAG